AGUACACAAGCACAAUGCCGUCACUUUGGCCAUACCUACAAAAGGUGGAUCAGUCAGUAAGCACAAGAUUUCUCGGCUUAAUAAUUGCUGGCUUUCAGGCUGGACAGGUGACUGGUUUAGUUAUCUUUAGUGCUUGGUCCAAUGCCCGUGGUGCCAUUCAACCUCUACUGGCAAGCCUCCUACUUAGGUUCUUUGGGGACUGUUUGUAUGCUUUUGCCGAAGGGUUUCCUAAAAACAGUGGACUUGUGAUGAUUCUGAUUGCAAGAGUUAUUUGUGGAAUAUCAAGAGGAGAUGUUGCUGUAUGCCGUGCUGUUGUGGCACAAUCAACAACAACGGAAGAAAAGAGGAGAGGUUUCGCCACACUUUUUACAAUUUAUGCCCUUGGUUUUGCCGUUGGCCCAGGUUUACAAGCCUUGCUUGCAGUGGUUGUUGGCAAUGGAAUUCAUACCUCGUUUGUAAACAUUGACAUGUUGAAUGCUCCCGGCUGUGUUGGAAUAUUCAUGCAAGCUGUUUGUGCUAUUUCAUUGUUGAUAUGGUUUAGAGAACCUAAAAAAGUUGGAUAUGACAAUGUAGGAAGUUCAAAGAAAUUGCAAAAGCCGGACAACUUUGCCCUCUUGAUAAUCUCAUUGACUUACUUUGUCAUGUAUAUGGUAUUUUCAUCAAUAGAAACGUUCACUGCUCCACUAAUGAAAAGUGAGCUGGCGCUUACGAAGUCAGAAGCUGUUUUCUAUGCUGGCCUGUUGCUGUCUUCCGUUGGACCAAUUGCACUUUUUUCGCUAUCUUUAAUAAGAUGCACUUCAAACCGGCUUGCCGAGAGAAGCAUAAUGUUGCUAGGGUGCACAAUUUCAUUGCUAGGGUUUAUCAUAUUUUUACCCUGGGGAAACACACAUCCAACUCUACAAACAACAGAACAAACAAAACUUGGGAAUGUGAUGAAAACAAUAUGGAAAGCAGGGUGUCCGCCAAAGUUCCAGUGGUGCAAAAAUGCCCCUAAAAUACACCUCGCGCAAUUCGUAGUUGCAGAAUUGAUAAUUAUUGUUGGCUUCACGUUGUCAUUUCUAAUAAUAAAUGGGUUGUAUUCGAAAGUUAUUGGCCCAAGAAAGCAGAGCUUCUACAGUGCAAUUAUAUCUGGCUCUUCAUGUGUUUCGGGAAUCGUAACACCAUUGGUGAUGACAUGCAUCUAUGAAACCUACGGACCAAGAUACGUCUUCAUCACAAUAGCCGCUAUUGUGGCAGCUUGCAUCGUCAUUGUUAGCUACUUCUUCAACAGAUUAGUGCCUUUUGAAGAAUAUGCCGAAUGUAAACUAGGAUUAAACAAAGGCAAAAAUGAACUACUUUGAUCGUGAUUCGUCUUUUACUCUCGUGUCCGUAAUAAAAUUAUUAACCUCAUGUAUUAAGAACUUGCAAGUUGUAUACAACGAAGUACUUCCUAGUAAACAGAAUUGCUUCGAGAACAAAAAGAGAAAGUGAAGACAUUUUUAAGAACUGAAUACUCCUAUUUCAUAGUUAUUUUAUAUAAACGUUUUGCUAUUUUAAGAAACCAGUUCAUUGUUUUUAUUCAUUCUGUUUUCAAGUUUAAAGGGCUGGUAGGAAUUAAGCCCAUUUAGUAUAAUUUGGUAAAUUUUUCCAAACCCCCCUUAUUUAAGACGUUAGGCGCUUUUUUAUUGGGAUUUUGGAAAAAAUCAACCAACUCGAAUUUCCUGCUCCCCGUCUAUUCUGUAUACAGGAGAAUGCCAUCUGACUUUUCUGAAGGAAAAGAAAAUUCAUUUAACCACUAAGACAAAAGUCGUGACUCCAAUGUAUAUGUCCCCAAGAUAGGGUAUGUCCUAUACUAGCACUGUCAUGGCUCCAAAGCUCCCCAGAAAAGAUAUGUUCUUAAAAGAAUUGAAUCGUUAAUCGAGCAUUUUUAAAAGAAAUGCAGUCAAACAAUUUUAUAAAAAGAAACAUUGAGGGUAUGGCAUACCUGAUAAUAAGUUUUAUUAGGCAAUUUAAGAAAUAAAAAGAUUCAAGUUUUUCAAGUUUUAUUCUAAACAUGUGUGAACCGGCGGCCUUUCGGUAUAUAAACAGCGCCAAAUGUUGAAUCAUUGAUGAGAAAAAAAAAGAAAAAAUUUAAGAAAUCGUCAUUAGUGACAAAGCUUCGCUGGUUUAGUCACAAUAUAUAGUUCAAUUAUAAUGGAUCUUUUUGAUUAGCAGCAUGUAUAACUUUAAUAUGAAAAUGCAGUUUUCUAAAUUUAAGGGUAUUUUACAUAUGGUGUUAAAUUAUGAUAUAAAUGACUUUGUUAACAUGAGAGCCA